GAAAUGCUGAGACCUGGGGCCCGCAGGGAUAGGAAGUGACGUAGCGAUGGUGGAGGGGCGCGAGGUUUCAAGAUGGCGGUUGCUGGAUAGCUGACCGGGAGCCGAGGUGCAGGCCCUUAGGAAGUGAAACAGGCCGAGAAUCGUCCCCUCCCGGCUUCUCGCAGUCCCAGAGCCCAGCAGAAGUGUUUGGACAUUCUUGUGUUGAUAACUGGAUUUUCUUUUUUAAAUGAACAAGUGAACCAUACAGAUUGUCAACAUGGGACGAAGAUCUACAUCAUCCACCAAGAGUGGAAAAUUUAUGAACCCCACAGACCAAGCUCGAAAGGAAGCCCGGAAGAGAGAAUUAAAGAAGAACAAAAAACAGCGCAUGAUGGUACGAGCUGCGGUUUUAAAGAUGAAAGAUCCCAAACAGAUUAUCCGGGACAUGGAGAAAUUGGAUGAAAUGGAGUUUAACCCAGUGCAACAGCCACAGUUAAAUGAGAAGGUGCUGAAAGACAAGCGUAAGAAGCUGCGUGAAACCUUUGAGCGUAUUCUACGACUCUAUGAAAAAGAGAAUCCAGAUAUUUACAAAGAACUUAGAAAGCUAGAAGUAGAAUAUGAACAGAAGAGGGCUCAACUUAGCCAAUAUUUUGAUGCUGUGAAGAAUGCUCAACAUGUGGAAGUGGAUAGUAUUCCUUUGCCAGAUAUGCCGCAUGCUCCUUCCAACAUCUUGAUCCAGGACAUUCCACUUCCUGGUGCCCAGCCACCCUCCAUCCUUAAGAAGACCUCAGCCUAUGGACCUCCAACUAGGGCAGUUUCUAUUCUUCCUCUUCUUGGACAUGGUGUUCCACGUUUGCCUCCUGGCAGAAAACCUCCGGGUCCACCCCCUGGUCCACCUCCUCCUCAAGUCUUGCAAAUGUAUGGCCGUAAAGUAGGCUUUGCCCUAGAUCUUCCCCCUCGUCGGCGAGAUGAAGAUAUGUUGUAUAGUCCUGAACUUGCUCAGCGGGGUCAUGAUGAUGAUGUUUCCAGCACCAGUGAAGAUGAUGGCUAUCCUGAGGACAUGGAUCAAGAUAAGCAUGAUGACAGUACUGAUGACAGCGACACUGACAGAUCAGAUGGAGAAAGUGAAGGGGAUGAGUUUGUGCACCGUGAUGAUAAUGAAAGAAACAACAAUGAAGAAAAAAAAUCAGGUUUGAGUGUACGAUUUGCAGAUAUGCCUGGGAAAUCAAGAAAGAAAAAGAAGAACAUUAAGGAGCUGACUCCUCUUCAAGCCAUGAUGCUUCGAAUGGCAGGUCAGGAAAUCCCUGAGGAGGGACGAGAAGUAGAGGAAUUUUCAGAGGACGAUGAUGAAGGUGAUUCUGAUGAUUCUGAGGCAGAAAAGCAAUCACAAAAGCAGCAUAAAGAGGAAUCUCUUUCUGAUGGCACAUCUGCUGCUUCACAGCAACAAGCUCCCCCACAGUCUGUUCCCCCUUCUCAGAUACAAGCACCUCCCAUGCCAGGACCACCUCCCCUUGGGCCACCUCCUGCUCCACCUUUACGGCCACCUGGACCACCUACAGGCCUUCCUCCUGGACCACCUCCAGGAGCUCCUCCAUUCCUGAGACCACCUGGAAUGCCAGGACUCCGAGGGCCUUUACCCCGACUUUUACCUCCAGGACCACCACCAGGCCGACCCCCUGGCCCUCCCCCAGGUCCACCUCCAGGUCUGCCUCCUGGCCCUCCUCCUCGGGGACCCCCACCAAGGCUACCUCCCCCUGCACCUCCAGGUAUCCCUCCACCUCGCCCUGGCAUGAUGCGCCCACCUUUGGUGCCUCCACUCGGACCUGCCCCACCUGGGCUUUUCCCGCCGGCUCCCUUGCCGAACCCAGGAGUUUUAAGUGCUCCACCCAACUUGAUUCAGCGGCCCAAGGCGGAUGACACGAGCGCAGCCACCAUUGAGAAGAAAGCCACAGCGACCAUCAGUGCCAAGCCACAGAUCACUAAUCCCAAGGCCGAGAUUACGCGAUUCGUGCCCACUGCACUGAGGGUCCGUCGGGAGAAUAAAGGGGCUACUGCCGCUCCACAAAGAAAGUCAGAGGAUGAUUCUGCUGUGCCUCUUGCCAAAGCAGCCCCCAAAUCUGGUCCAUCUGUUCCUGUCUCAGUACAAACUAAGGAUGAUGUGUAUGAAGCUUUUAUGAAAGAGAUGGAAGGGCUGCUGUGACAACUUCUGAUGCCCGACCACGCUCUGUUCACAUCAUUGGUUCAUGGAAAAAGAGGCUCUUGGGAAACUUAGGCAAAAGAGCUACUUUCACUGUCAGGGUAUUUUCUCAUUUGAUUUGAAGGAAUAUCUUAAAGUUUAGCCUUGUUUGGAAUCCACUGCAUAUAAGAGAAGGCCAUGCACUCAGAAUAGGUUGGUUAUUGGAGCAGUUCUGCUAACAUCCAUUCCCUUUCAUACCACCAUUUCAUCCCGUUUCUUGCCCUCUCCACUUUGGAACUUGUGAUCAGGGGGUAUUUGUUAAAUUUAUUUGUUUUUGAUUCUCUUGUGUGCUGUGGGCACUGGAGUAGAGAUUUUUUUUUGUUGGGGGGGAACAGUUUAUUUCACCCCAUCUUGCUUUUUGUGUUUAUUUUUAAUAUUUUCUUGUAAAUAUUUUGUAAAAUUGUAGUGAAAUGGAUCACAACGUCAUUUCCUAAUACAAAGCGAGAUGUGUGGGAAGAAAAUGUACAAUUCUUUAAUUAAAAUAUUUCCCACUGACCUAAACUUUGAGUGUUUCAUGAAAUAAAUAAAUGUUCUACCCCAAGAUCUUCUGAGUUCCUGACAAUCUAUAAACAUAUUAUCUUUUUUAUGGUCAGAAAAGCAGUAUUUAAAACUUGAGUUUAAAGGCACUACCAUUUAUGGUACAGAAUGAGAAUCUUAUUGAAAAUGUGGUUAAACUAAGUUUUAAAUUUAAGGGAUAAAGAAGAGAAUUCUUUUCCUUCAGAAUUACCAUAUUGACUUCAGGAAAAUCGAGGUGUUAUUUAUUGCUAAGAACAUACUCAGUCAUAUCCUUAAAGAUGACUCACUUCCCCUAAAGCUUUGUGAACUGAUACUGAUUGUAUAGCAAAACUUUUAAAACAUUUCAAAACUAUUAGAGAAUCAGAAAAGGUUCCUUUUUGGAAUGUUUUAUAUGCUUUUUUCUUUUUUAA